UUGUCACGCAAUGUGAUAGCUACGUUUGACAGUGCAAUCUCCACGAAAACUUCGAUCGUUAGUGUAUUUUUAUUGAAUUUGACCUCAGGGUGCGAACAGAGAGUUCCAUCAUGAGUUCAAUUAUGAAAGCCGCCGUUUCCCGAAGCCCUGCAUCAUUGGCAUCAUAUUUAUACCGAAGACUCCACUUGACUGCUGGAGGUGCUGCUAAAGAUGGUGGCUCAUCAAACACAAACAUGACCAAGGCCUAUACUGUGGUAGACCACAAGCACGAUGCCUUGGUCAUUGGAGCCGGAGGCGCAGGGUUGCGUGCGGCUUUCGGUCUGGUGCAGGAGGGGUUCAAAACUGCCGUAGUUACUAAGCUGUUCCCUACAAGAUCUCACACUGUUGCAGCCCAGGGUGGGAUCAAUGCUGCCUUAGGUAAUAUGGAGGAAGAUAGCUGGCUCUGGCAUAUGUAUGACACAGUAAAGGGCUCAGAUUGGCUUGGAGAUCAGGACGCCAUCCACUACAUGACCCGCGAAGCUCCUCACGCCGUCAUCGAACUCGACAACUACGGUAUGCCAUUCUCCCGCACACCCGAGGGCCGCAUCUACCAGCGCGCGUUCGGCGGCCAGUCGCUCAAGUUCGGCAAGGGCGGCCAGGCGCAUCGCUGCUGCGCUGUCGCGGACAGAACUGGGCAUUCCCUGCUGCAUACACUCUACGGGCAAUCCCUCCGCUACGACUGCGAGUACUUCAUCGAGUACUUCGCACUGGACCUGCUGAUGGAGGACGGCGUCUGCAAGGGCUGCAUCGCCAUCAACCUCGAAGACGGCACACUGCACAGGUUUCAAGCCAAGAACACGAUCCUGGCGACCGGCGGCACGGGCCGCUCGUACUUCAGCUGCACGUCCGCGCACACCUGCACCGGCGACGGCACCGCCAUGGCGGCCCGAGCCGGUAUACAGAACGAGGACAUGGAGUUCGUGCAGUUCCACCCCACAGGAAUCUACGGCGCCGGCUGCUUGAUGACCGAGGGUUGCCGCGGUGAGGGAGGUUUCCUCGUGAACGCCAAGGGCGAGCGCUUCAUGGAGCGUUACGCGCCCGUCGCCAAGGACCUGGCCAGUCGCGACGUCGUGUCUCGUGCCAUGACUGUUGAGAUCAUGGAAGGUCGCGGCUGCGGGCCGGAGAAGGAUCACGUGCACUUGCAGCUGCACCACCUGCCGCCCGACCAGCUCAAGCAGCGCCUGCCCGGCAUCUCCGAGACCGCCAUGAUCUUCGCGGGAGUCGACGUCACCAAGGAGCCCAUCCCCGUGCUGCCCACGGUCCACUACAACAUGGGAGGCACGCCUACCAACUUCCGGGGAGAGGUGAUCACCCACUACAACGGGCAAGACAAGGUGGUCCCCGGGCUGUUCGCGGCGGGCGAGGCGUCGUGCGCGUCCGUGCACGGCGCCAACCGCCUCGGCGCCAACUCGCUGCUCGACAUCGUGGUGUUCGGCCGCGCCUGCGCCCUCACCAUCUCCGAGACCUCGCGCCCUGGCGACACGCAGGCGCCGCUUAAAGACACAACUGGUGAAGCCAGCGUCGCCAACUUGGACAAGAUUCGCUACGCAGACGGCAGCAUUUCCACCGCAGACCUGCGCCUGAGGAUGCAGAAGUGUAUGCAGAAGAACGCGGCUGUCUUCAGACAGAAGAGCACUCUCGAGGAGGGCCACAAGCAAAUCCACGAGAUCUACAAGCAGAUCAAGGACGUCAAAGUCUCUGACCGCUCGCUGAUCUGGAACAGCGACCUGAUCGAGACCCUGGAGCUGCAGAACCUGCUCAUCAACUCCGUGCAAAUCGUGGAGGGGGCGCUAGUGAGGGAGGAGUCUCGUGGGGCACACGCGCGUGAGGACUUCAAGACCAGGCGUGACGAGUACGACUACUCCAAGCCUCUGGAGGGACAGACGAAGCUACCAUUCGAACAGCACUGGCGCAAGCACACACUAGCAGAAACAGACGCGGCGACCGGCGCGACCAAACUGUCGUACCGGCCCGUCAUCGACAAAACGCUCGACCAGGGCGAGUGCAAGACCGUGCCGCCGGUCAUUAGGACCUACUAGGUUAAUAUUAGGUUAUCUCCUCACGGGUGCUGACUGAGAAAAAACAGUAUUCAUUGACCGCCGCGCGUAGUAGUGUUCAUUUCAACCAUUAUUUAUAUCGUUAUUUAUUUUAGUGUAGACUGGUUAAGUAAUAACGUUUCAACGAGAAUACUCCGUAAAAUAGUACUAACUUCAACUAAUCUUAAUUCAGCGUACAAAACAGUGCCAGAAAGUUUAUUACCAAAUACGUAUUUGCCUCUCUCAAGCCAGCAACUUAUUGUAUAUUUUUUAUAGUUCAGCAUUUAUUUUUUCGCUGUUUUGAUAAUGGACUCAGCAGCACCAGGUACUUAAUAUGAUAAAUGUGAUAAGCGAUAUUUUAGUGUUGCUUUUAAGUACCGAACUUUUACCCGUACCAUUUGUCUAUACCUCAUGAAAUUUAUUCUAUUGUAAUUAUUGAAGGUGACGAGAAUGACACCCAAUCAAAUGAUGAUGUUUAGAAUUUAAGUGUACAAAUAAAUAUAUGUUUAUGAAAUGAUACACCUUGCA